AUUGUCCCUUAACUCGCACCGUACAUCAUUCCACAAUGCUAUGGAGUAGCAGCAGAAGCUAUUGUUACAGGGUCUAACAAAGGCGGUCUUUUUUUCGCCUUACUGAACGUUUUCAUAUAAAUAGUCAGACAUCUUGCUGUUUCACGUCUUGUUGGAAGUGCGGACUUCACUUUGCUGAAGGACUUCAUUGUUGGAUUAUUUGCACCUGACAACAUGGUCAACGUACACAAAGGUGUCCUUGUUGAAUGUGAUCCUGCUAUGAAACAGUUCCUUCUCUAUCUGGAUGAAACGAUGGCUUUGGGCAAGAAGUUCAUCCUAAAGGACCUUGAUGACACACACGUUUUCAUCCUGGCAGAGGUGGUUCACACCCUGCAGGAUAGAGUUGGAGAAUUAAUGGACCAGAACUCAUUUCCCAUCACACAGAAAUAAUCUAUUUCUUUUUUGUG